CCCGCCAGAAUUCUUCCUUUCGCCGCCCAUCACCGUGACGACGACCAACGAUGAAUCAUGUCCCGGUGUUCCUUCAGAAGACGUACGACAUGAUCGAGAACUGCGCAGACGCCGUCGCGACGUGGUCCACGUCCGGAGAGUCGUUCAUCAUCAAGCGCAUCAACGAGUUCGCGUCCGACGUGCUGCCGCGGUACUUCAAACACAACAACUUUAGCUCGUUUGCACGACAGCUCAACUUUUACGGGUUCCACAAGGUCAAGAAGGAGGACAUCUUGCUGCGAGCCAAGGGAUUAGACUCACCAACGGACGCCGACGCUGCCUUGGAAGCGCAGGGGUGGUGGGAGUUCAGCCACCCGCUCUUCCUGCGCGAUUACCCCGAGAAGAUGGGCAGCAUUCGACGCAAGACGUAUGCAGAUUCGAAUCAAGCACAGGCCGCAGCUGCGGCGGCUGCCGCCGCCGCCUCUAUGCAAUCGUCCUCCCAGCAUCUCUCUACCAAAUCCGAGCUGGACGAGUUGAAAGGGUUCAUGACCGAGCUCGUAGGCGACGUCAAGUCCGAGCUUGCGACGUUGAAGAACCAAGUGAACUUGCUGACGCAUCACAUGACGUCGUUGGGCAGUCUAAUGCAUUUGAUUGUCCAGACACAGUCAAUGGACUCAGCAGAACCCUCCAUGAAGCGACGGAAACUCGACUCGGCGAUGCCACUACCACAGCAACAGCAGCUUCUGAACGGCGGAGGUCUGACCAACCCGAUCACGCUGCCGCCGCUGACGUCCAUGGCGCCCUCUACGACGCCCGCUACGUCCAACUACAAGUACAUGAUGGCUGAACGGAACGACCUCGAAGAGUCGGAGGCGACUGCCGCGUACGUUCUGUGGAAUCAUGCGCGGCAGGAAAAGAUGCUGUAAGGAACUCAUGUUCGAAACGUUUUCGAAACGGUUUCGAACACCAAUUAGGGUAGUGUACAAACAAUAGUAGACAGGCUUGCCGUACAUUGUGCUUUUUUUUCACACUAAAUUCAUUCAAGACGGUUUCAUAUGAACCAUUUUUACAAGCUGGA